AUGUUACGGCUACAAGUUUUGAAAAGCAGAACAAGUUACCUUCCUCAAAAGCGGCUGAAAUCUUCAAGUAGCUUCAUUAGGAAUACCUUUAUCAACUAUUUUAAAGACAAUCAUGGACAUAAACAUAUUAAAUCCAGUUCAGUUGUGCCGCUCUGCGAUCCCACUGUACCUUUCGUAAACGCUGGUAUGAAUCAGUUCAAAGGUGUAUUCCUGGGGGUCGUAGAUGCUCCCUGUCCUCGCGCUGUGAAUUCCCAAAAGUGCAUCCGUGUAGGGGGCAAGCAUAAUGACCUGGAGUUGGUUGGUAUGGAUGGACACCAUCAUACAUUCUUUGAGAUGCUUGGCAAUUGGUCAUUUGGUGAUUACUAUAAGAAAGAAGCAUGUGAAAUGGCAUGGAAUCUUUUGCUGGGGCCUUACAAACUGAACCCCGAAAAUUUACUGGUUACUUAUUUUGAGGGAGACCCCAUUAUUGGUCUACCAGAAGACAGAGAAUGUAGAGAUAUUUGGAAAGAUAUUGGUGUACAACCAAGUCAUAUCAAAGCUCACGGCGCAAGAGAUAAUUUUUGGGAAAUGGGAUUGACAGGACCCUGCGGCCCUUGUACCGAGAUACACUACAUACAUCCAGACGGCAGCCUGACGGAGAUAUGGAAUAUUGUGUUCAUUCAAUGUAAUAGAGAAGCAGAUGGCUCGGUGAGUGCUCUUAGACGGCAACACGUCGACACCGGCAUGGGUUUGGAACGCAUGACAGCUCUGUUACAGGGUGUGCCUUCUAACUAUGACACGGAUCUCUUCCGGCCACUCAUAAAUGUUAUCGAAAAGAACAGUAAAGGCGUGUCCCCUUACACCGCGAGUUAUAAAAACGACGCAACCGUGGACCGAGCGUAUCGCCGUCUGGCGGACCACGCCCGUAUGAUCAGCGUCUGUCUUGCCGAUGGAGUCUUUCCAUCAUCUAGUUUGAAUCUAAAACAGAUCAUGCGUAAAUCGUUCAAAAUAAGUUCGGAAGUCUUCCAAAACCCCAACCUCCUAUCUCUCUUAUACAAUGAAAUGAUGACCACGUUGGGAGGAACAUACCCUGAACUCGUGGCCAGGGAAAAGGAGGCGAAACUUAUCAUUGACCACGAAAAUGAUAGUUAUAUUAAGUUGAGAGCGGAUUUAGCGAAGAAAUGGAAGGAUUUGGUCAGAAUGUAUCCAGAAGUUGAGGAAUUGAAUGACAUUGAUUUGGCUGGCUUUGCACUGGGGUACACUGUGUUUAAGAAGUCAAUGUCAAAAAUAAAUUCAUCCAUUAUUCCUGGAGAGCUUGUGUUUAAAUUAUACGACACACACGGCUUUCAAGAAGACGUUAUAGAAAGGAUAGCAAAAGUAAAUAAUUUAGGAAUAGACAAAAAAGGCUUUUGGAAACUUCUGUCCAACCAUAAAUCCAGACACAAAACAGCGUUUAAAGAACAGACAACCAAAACAGGAAUUAUGUUCGACAAAGCGAUAGAAAAAUUAAACAAAAAUGGAAUAAAAAAGACAAAUGAUCAACCAAAAUACGAUUACACAGAUUUAGGAGAUGAGGUUUUGUUCAAGCCUUUAAAGUCGAAAUUGCUGGCUUUGUUGAAUGAAGACGGCGAAUGGUUAGACUUUUCAGAACCAUGCGAAGAUAAACCAUAUUACAUAGUGACUGAAAACUCAAAUUUCUACUGCGAAGAAGGCGGUCAAAUCGCUGAAGAUGGCGUCAUACAUUUCAAUAGAAACUUAAAUUUUAAAGUUGAUAGUGUUUUCAAAAUACGUGAUAUUAUAUUUCAUAAAGGAUAUUUUGUAGAUACAGAUGGUGAUUCAUAUGUCAAGUUAGGCAAUAGUGUUGUGUUAGAAAUUAAUAGUGAAAAACGAUUGAAUGUUAUGUUGAAUCAUACUGGUGUUCAUUUGUUGAACGCUGCUAUUAGGGAAGUCCUGCCAAAUAGUGUGAUAUGUCAGACGGGUUCAAGUGUCACGGACAAGUAUUUCACUUUAAAUUUGUCAGUUUAUGGUGAAAAGUUAUCGUACAAUGUUGUGAUUGAAGCUCAGGAUUUGAUAAAAGAUGCGAUAGAAUCCAACGCUACAGUUCAAACAAAAGUGAUAGACAGUACCCAGCUAUCAUCAGAGCCCGGCGUCCUCACAGUUCCCGGAGAAACAUAUCCCGAAGUUGGAAUAAGAUUGGUCACGAUAUCACCGCCCUUGGUUUCUAAAGAGCUGUGUUGCGGCACGCACGCGGCUCGUAUAGCGGCCGUGCGCGCGCUGUGCGUAAUGCGCGUGCGCGGUGCUCGCUCGCACGCGCCCGCGCUCCUCGCGCUCACCGGCCGCAGGGCCCUGCAGGCUCGGGAAUUGUUCUGUCGAGCUCAAAAACUAGCAGAAGUCAUAGAACUAGCGGACCCUGACCGAGUUAAAGACGAAGCCACCUCCAUUAGGAAGGAGUUAUCAGAGCUUUGCGGGGAGGGGGGCGCGCCUUACGGGGAGUAUGCGACCUGUCUGCAACUAUUGGCCAAUUUGGAGAAGAAGGCCACCAAUAAGAACGAUUUAGCAUUACAGUCAAUAGCCCAAUCGGAAAUCAUGGAUGCGUGUCAAGAUGCGGUCCGCGAGGGUCGACGGUUCACAGUACACUUCCUGCGUUGUUCCUACCUCAUGCAGAGCGAGGCGGUUCGCGAUACCCUUGGGGCUGGAGACCAGACACUGCCUACCAUGCUACUGGGCUGUGCUGGUGGCGUUGUAGUAGCCACUGCCAGGGUGCCACAGGAAAUGGUGACACCAACUUUCACAGCUGAAAAGUGGUUGUCCUGCGUGUUACCUAUAUUCAAAGCGACUAUCUUGCCGGCGACAUCUGACCGAUCUCUGCUUACACACGCCGAGAUGAGUGCUACUAAGGUUAGUUUGAUAAACUGUGAACAACUGGUGCAAGACUCCAUGCGAGUGGCGAUCAAGUACGCGCAGUCUCACGUCAAGGAUACCGACGACAAAGAACACUCCACGCAGAACAGACAGCACAACUGAUUAUAUAUUUAUAUAUAAUAUCAAUACUUAUUUUAUAUAGCUGAUGAGUUUUGCUAUUAUGCGUUAAUCUCAGGUGCUAAUGAUUUUAAUUAUAUGUAGUUUUUGUGUUUAAUAGCCCAUUUAUCGAGGAGGAUAUAGGCUAUAAAACGUCACCCUACGACCAAUAGAUGAUGAAGAAUUUUUCAAAAAUGGGGAAAAUGUAUUCCUUUUGAUAGCAUACUAUAUGGAAUAUUAUGAAAUUUUUAUGUGAACGGUUCACACCAACAGCUGUAUUGUAUUUUGAUGAGGUGCUAUUUGAUGGACAAUAGAAAAAUAGAUGAAGUAAAAAUUAUUAUUAUUCCUAACAUUUUAAGAUGCCAUAUUUAUAACAUUAGAUAUAUAUUUUUGAGAUUUUAUCGUCAUUAAAAUGUUAACAAUUUUGCGCAAUUUUAUCUCAUAUUAUCUGUAUUAGCUGUUUGUGAUUCAAUAAAGAGUAGUUAAGUUUUAUUUUCAGUUAUCAGUUUUGAUUUUAAAAACUUAAUGAGGUUUCUCUUACUCUGUGCAACGAGUUUUUUUCUAGAUUUUCGAUUGAGUUUCUAAAAUAUAUGUAAUGUAAUGUAUAAUGGUAAAAUACUAUUAUAUCGACAAUUUCAUGUUUAUAAUUUUCUUUUCAAAAUACAAGUUAACUCGUUUAUUUGCAUUAAGUUAGAUGUAACUGUACUGUUUCUUCUUUUUUCUCUUUAAACUUUGACCGUAUAUUUUUAAUAGUCCUUUGUUUAAUUGUCCAGAGUAUGAAUAUGAUAGUUGUUCAAAUAAGCAUCUUAUAAUUUCUACCUCUUUAAUCUGUCUGUUGAUUAAAUUGUCAAAUUGUACAAAA